AUGGCCGCCGCCACUAUGAGCCACGUGUUCGACUACGAGAACGAGCUGAACGACAACCUCUACAACCUGAAGAUGUCCGGCAAGAGCCCGGCGAGCAGCAAGCGGGUGAAGAGCGUGCUGAAGCCGAUCCUCAGGCUGUUGAAGAAGAAGACCAACAGAGGCAAAUACGCGAAGGGGCAGAAGGCGAUGCCACAGGUGGAGAUCUUCACCGAGGAGGUUGACAAUCAGAACAAUGCCAACGAGGCUCUGGAGAGGAGACUGCUGGCAGAGCUUCAGGACGCGGAGGAAGGAGCUGCCAUCACUGUCUGCCUGGACGGUCAGAUGACGGUCGUACCGGUUGUACCUGGUCAGUGCUACGUGCCCGUUCAUUUCGCGCACACCCACGCAGGGGACUUCUACUGGACGACCCUGAGCCUGGCCGACAGUGACCUGUGCUACAAGGAGCGCGCCUUCUCGCAGCAUCAGACGCCCGAGAUGCAAGUCGCGUGA